CUUUUGGUUGCUAGAGGAGUUCUUCGAGUUUUCUCGAGUUCUCUUGUUCUUCUUUUUGCCACUGCUUGGUGGAAAUUUUUUUUCUUGGUGCCAUGGGUUCGUCGGCUGGAUUGGAGGGUCCAUUCCAUUUCAAGCUCAGCAAUGGAGCUUCGAUCCCGGCGGUGGGUCUUGGAACUUGGCAAGCGGAGCCCGGUUUGGUUGGAAAGGCUGUGAAGACUGCCCUGGAAGUUGGUUAUCGUCAUAUUGAUUGUGCUAGCGUCUAUGGAAACCAGAAAGAGAUCGGCGAGGCCUUGAGCGAAGUUUUCAAAUCCGGGAUUGUCAAGCGCGAGGAUGUGUGGAUUACUUCUAAACUCUGGAACACCGACCAUGAUCCGGAGGACGUGCCAAAAGCGCUGGAGGCAACUCUCAAAGAUCUCCAGCUCGACUACUUGGAUCUCUAUCUCAUCCACUGGCCUAUUCGAUUCAAGAACAGCGUCCAAGGAAUGAACACAAGCCCCGAGAGCUUCAUCGCUCCAGACAUCCCGGGGACCUGGCGAGCGAUGGAGAAGCUCGUCGAUUCGGGCAAAGUCCGAGCGAUCGGCGUGAGCAACUUUUCCUGCAAGAAGCUCGAAGAUCUGCUCAACACCGCGAGGAUUCCACCCGCAGUGGACCAGGUGGAAUGCAAUCCACUGUGGCAGCAAAACAAGCUUCGCCAGUUUUGCAAGACCAAAGGAGUCCAUCUCUCGGGUUACUCGCCUCUUGGAUCGACAGGAACGAGUGUGCUCAGCGACCCGGUUGUCAAGGAGAUCGCCGAGAAGCUUGGAAAGUCCCCGGCACAGGUUGCUCUGAGAUGGGGGAUCCAAUCUGGAAACUCUGUUCUUCCCAAGAGCACCAAUGCCGACCGUCUCAAGUCCAACCUGGAGGUCUUCGAUUUCACCAUUGCAGAGGAGGACCUCCAAAAGUUCUCCAAGAUCUCCCAGAAACGGGGCAUGCCUGGGAAUGAAUGGGUGAACGACUCCACCAGUCCAUACAAGAGCGUCAAAGAGCUCUGGGACGGAGAAAUAUAAACCGCUGCAAGCUUUGCCACGCUGAUUUCUUCUGCUUGAAUCUGUCACAACUUCCAAGUUAAGAACUUCUGAUGAAUAAGAAAGUUUGAAGUCCUGCCAAUUCCAAGUCGAUAUUCUCCCAGCUAUGCCGGUACGAUUGCGAGUACUCUAGUGGAAUAUGUACGAGUUGUAGUCCUUAUCCUGGUUGUGAUUCAUGAGAGUGCUAACGCCAUCUGUGUGACAAAUGUGACUGGUAAACUGCCUCUUUGUCCUGGGUGUCUGCUCUGACACGAAAGGCCCCAGAGUAUCACUCUUAGGCCUCGGGACGA